ACGAACGAAACCCGGACGGACAAGAGAAUUCGAUUAGAACUCUCUCCGCUCCGAUAGCAAUAAUAAAAUAACUUUUCGCAUCGCAGGUUGGGCGUCAGAUGUACGUUCACCGUCCGCCUUUUUGUGAGCGCGACUCUCCCCCGCCGAGACAGGUGCACAGGACAGCCGGAUGAGCGUAUCAAGACCCCGGAGGCAGAGAGAUGGACGCUAACACCGAGACGCUGGCACUGCCCCCUUCCGCGCUGCACUCGCCCCGCAUCGCGUGCGAGGCCCUCGCCGCCUCUUCCUCGCUGCCCAUCAGGCCGCUCUCCCCUCCUUCUCCCUGUCCUGUUCCGGCCUCGUCGCCCCUUUCUCCUCUGACUCCCUCGUACUCCAUUCCCUUCUCCCCCGCCUCGUUUCCUCCUUCAGCCCAGGACACCCGGCCUGCGCCGACCUCCGCCGACCCUCCCCCGCCCCCCAAAGUGCACUGCCCCGGCCUGGCUGCUCCAUCUGACCAGGAUGACCUGACCUGCCUCAGCUGGCUGCACCAGCGGGGCGACCUGCUCACCCUGCUCCCCCUGCCGAGGACCACACCGCUACCCCAGCUGACGCACCAGGACUCCUCGCCCAGCCCGUACCUACCCUCUUCCCCAUCCAAGCCACCGUACUCCUUCAGCAGCCUGAUUUUCAUGGCCAUCGAGGAUUCCCCGGAGAAGAGGCUCCCCGUGAAGGGUAUUUACGACUGGAUCGUGAGCAACUUCCCCUACUACAGAGCAGCCCCUGGUGGCUGGAGAAACUCAGUGCGUCACAACCUGUCCCUGAGCAAAAGUUUUCGUCGAAUACACAGGGAGAAGGGCCAGAAGAUUGGAAAAGGAUCGUUAUGGUGUGUGUGUCCAGAGUACAGACCUGCGCUACUGGAGGUGCUCAGAAAAACUCACCACUGCCACAACCCCAGUAACAGCUUCUACAGCAGCCCACUCCUCCUGGAGGGAGGAGACUGUGGACCAGCUGUGGUGUGUGACACUGUGGAAAUCUCAGAUUCCCUGUCCCAAACCCUCCUCCUCUCCUCACCCUCCCCACCUGCCCUGCCCUCGGACAACUCCUCCUUGUCCUCCGAUGCCCCUAUCCCUUUGACCGCUGACCAAGAAGAGCUUGUCACUAUGGAGACAAUAGAACUUCACGAGGAGAUGAGCGAGGAGGCUGAGAAAGACCCACUGACAGACAGUGGCUACAUCGAGUUCCAUUACUAUCAGUACCACCAGUACCAGUACCUUGUUCUUCCAGGGGAGACUGAAUUAGACCUGGAGACAGUGGAGAUUCUGCAGUUGGAUGCUGAGGCCCAAGAGGCAGCUGGGUCACUGCUUGACUUAGCGGGUGGGGGACACUAAUGUUCUUUGACUGACACUGGGAUAAAUGACUGAUGGGACAAAUAAAACACUGAACAGCACUUACACAGAUUCCAAAACUGCCUGCAAUAGUCAGAUUGAUGUGCUGACACAUAGUGAUAUAGCUCUUCCGCUACCCAAAGGUACUCUUUCUGAUCUCAGAUAAGUAUAUAACUGUCGGAGAAAGUGAACUGCUUUAAAAUAGAGUGAGAAUGGUGCGUGAUAAACAAGAUUGCUACUAACAAUCAAGACGCUCCACGUGUGAGGUCUUCCGCAGUGCGAACAUAUAUCUGAACAUGACUGAGAAAUCAACUGCCAGAAAAUAUCACAAACGAUUCAGGGGACAGAAAUAUUCAAAUUUUUAUGUUUUGUUCUUAGUAGAUGAUUUAUACGCUACUCAUGAAAUAUAUUAAUUUGUAGUUCAGACUGUUGAAAGAAUGUUCAUUUUAACUGAAUCAUAGAAAUGUACU